CUUUGUCAUAGGAAGGAAAAGGUUUCGUGGAAAACUUGUCCGUUUAGAUUUUGAAAUCGAGCAGAAGAGGAAACAAAGCAGGGAAAAGAAAGGGUCUAAGGACCGAAGGUUAUAAUCUCUAGACGUGCCCCGUUGCUUGCAGAGUUGAUGGUCUCUCUCGCACGCUCAAAACCUAUAAUCUCUCUGACCCAUUUCAUAUAUUUGCCGAGAUUGUUUGGUUUCAUAUUCUAUGUAAAUUCUUCUGGUACUCUGCCUUUUCCUUAAAGACUCUUUUUCUGAGAUCAUUGUAUCAUUUGCUGAAGAUAAUAGGGGGUUUUGUUCGUCUUUCAUGGAAUCUUAGACUUCUGUUAUGGUAGUUCUAUGUUUUAAUUUUUCGAGGGUUAUUAUUUUGCUCAUUCUCGUUGACAAAAACAGAAAAAAUUAGCUCAAUCCUAUUGAUUAUUUCUUUGUAGUACUUGAUUUGGUUUUAAAAGUAAAACAAAUGCAUAUUUGGCUAGUUUGUAAACUCAAUUGCGAUACUUUGUUUUAGCUUAACCCAAGAGUUGAACUCAAAAUCCAACCUUUUCCCUAUACUUGCUGCUUGUCCUUUGGCAGUAUGCUAGGAUCCCAUUGACAUGCUUUUGUACGUCUACAUUAUACUCGAUGUUGGUAGCACAGACAUGCACAUAUAUGCUAGACGGAACCCAGGCUGUGACCUCACACUUUAUGGUUUGUUUAUGAGGAGGGGAGAUAUUAUUACGCCUGAUGACCAUUAGCAAAGUAUCUGUUUCUUUUGUGAUGAAUCAUGAAAUUCUUUUCAUGUAUGGCUUAAGAGUCUGUCCUUGAUCUCUUUUACCAGCUAAGGAUGUUUUAAGCCAACUUUGGUCAAUGUGGGGGUUCUUUCAAGAACUUUACAACUUUAAUUAAUCACUAAUAGGGAACUGCAUGGGCUGUUGGUUGUCUUUGUACCUGCAAUUAAAGGGAAUAGAAUCAAUUUUUUUUACUUAAAAAACUAAAGGGAAUAGUAUACUUUACAUUGUAAAACUAUAAAUUGUUUUGCAAUUUGUUCCCAAACUAUGAAAAUGAUGUAUUCCACUUUCAAUCUAUGAAAACCUUUACACUUUGCACCCUUAUCUCAGCAUCAGCCAGCUUAUACAGGUCUGUUGAAAGAAACUUUCUUUCUUUUCCCAUUUCUUGAAUUACUCUUGUUUGUAAUCAUACUUUAUGCAUACCAUGCAAUGCACAAGAGGUAGUGGCUUCUGAUCUUAUAUAUAUCUCACACUGAAAUUAAGGCUUAUUUGUGUUGGUAGUUGAUCCUUUUUACUAGCUAAAGAUGUUUAAUAUUGUAAGUCAAAUUUGAGUAUUUGAGCCUUGGUUGUUGCAGCAACAAAGGCAAUUAAGAUACUCUCCAAUUGUUUGACCGUAUUGGAUGGUCCAAUACAGUGAGAGAUAGAUAUAGUAUUAAUUGUUUAUGUGCUGUCCACACUACCUGAUAAUUCUAUACCUAUGGCAUUAAAUGCUAUAAGGCCCCUCUCUCCAGAGGAAGCCAUCCAAUUUGGUCAGGCAAUUGGAGAGGAUCUAUAUUCCAAAUAAGGUUGUAUAUAUUUGUUGUAUACAUUUAAAAUUACUGAUAUGGAAGGUUUAUGAGACUGUAGUUUACAAUCCUUAAACCACAUCAGUUUAUCCUAAAUAGCUGUAAUGCAAUUGGUCCAACCUCAGAUAAUAUAAACGGUAAUUUUUCCUUCAAGGAAUGGCAGAAAAUAUCUUGCAUGACAUCCGUAAAGUAUAUCAUUAACAAUUAAUGUUUUGUUUGAUUAGUUUUAGUAUCUAGCUACAGCGGGAUAGGAAAGUCAAAACCAGCAAUUUAGAUUCCAUGUAGCAUAUCACCAUUGCAAAACAGAAAGAGAGCUUAACAUCAUCUACAAGCACAGGGUUUAAUUUUGUUCAGGCCGUUGGUAGGCCCUUUACGGUAUAGGUUGCUAUUAUAUGGUGUGCUAAACCAUGUAUAAUGGGUGCAAAGUAAUGAAGAAAAGAAGCUCAAACACACGGCUUAACAUAUAGCAUAUCACCAUCACAAAAUGUGAAGAGAGCUUAACAUUAUCUACAAGCACAUGGCCUCUGCAUGCUAAUGCCUUAAUUGUCAUCCUCAAUCAGGUAGUUGUUUGGCACUAUACGUGUACUGUUUGAGUUGUAUACUGUGAUUUGUUAAACUUGACUAUUUGAGCCUACAAAAGAAAUUAAGAUAUUCUCCAAUUGUUUGACCAUAUUGGAUGGUCCAAUACAGUGAGAGAUAGAUAUAGUAUUAAAUGUUUAUGUGGUGUCCACACUACCCAAGAAUCCUAUACCAGCAGCAUUAAAUGCUAUAGGGCCCACUUGAUGUGUUUAUCUCUCUCUAGAGUUAGACCAUCCAAUCCGGUUAGGUAAUUGGAGAGGAUCUCUAUUCCAAAGAAGGUUGUAUAUAUUUAUUGUAUACAUUUAAAAUUACUGAUAAGUAAGGUUUAUGAGACUGUAGUUUACAAUCCUUAAACCACAUCAGUGUAUCCUGAAUAGCUGUGAUGCGAUUGGUCCAACCUCAGAUAAAACUUCUCCCCCAGGUAAUGUUGGAUCUCAUUCAUGACCUUUUAUAUGCUCAUUUGAGGAUAUUACAAUCUGCCACAACCAAACUCCUGGUUGGGGACCUUAAUUUUACUUGUAAAGAAAAAUCCUGGUUGGAGAUGAGCACCAAUACCAUUUGUAAUGACCCAAGAGCGAUUCAAGUUAUAUUUGGGCUUACACUCCAAAAGAACUAGUCAAUUUUAUAUUGGAGCUCUUAAGAAUCAUUAAAAAAAAAAAAAAUCAAAUUUUACUAAGCAAGGAACCAAUUUGAGACUUGACAGUUGACACUCAAUAGCCCUUAUCUUACUACUUUUCCCUCUGUUAUAUAUCGCACACCCAAUGUGGGACUUAGUGGUGUGUUACAAUCUCCCUCCCACUCAAAGCUUUGGCUUUCUAGUCAAGGUUCACAUUCCACUAAGUCCCCAGUCCCACAUGGGUUGACUUCUGAUGCCAUUUGUAAUGAUCCAAGGAAAUCCCAAUUCACAUAUGGGCUUCUACUCUAAAAAGAAUAGUCAAGGUUACACAUGGAGCUCCUUAGAAUAAUUAUAAACUACAGGAACUGCUCCCCCAAGCAAUUUGAGAUCUUAUUCGACACCCUUCAUAUACUUAAUUCAAGGUAUAACAACCUUCCUCACUCAAAUCCUUGGCAUCCAUACUAGACCAUUCAGUAAGGUGGCACAGCUCAAGUCCCACACUUUUGGCUUGGAAUAGGCUUUGAUGCCAUUUGUAGUGAGCCUAGAAAAACUGAAGUCAUCUUUGUGCAUAUACUCCAAAAGGAUGAGUCUACAAUAAGAGGAGGUGAAAGCAAGCUACUUUGGGCUUCUUUGAAGAAAGAGAUGUUCAAUGUCCAUACUUUCUAUAAUGUCUGCAUUCCUUCGAAAAACCAUUCAUUUCCUUGGAAAAGAAAAGGGCAAACUGAGCUACCUCUAAGAACUGCAUUUUUUACUUGGACAGCCUCUUUAGGAUAGAUUCUCACCAUGGAUAAUAUGAGAAAUAGACACAUCAUUCUGAUUGAAUGGUGAUGCAUGUGCAAAACGGGUGGAGAGUCUUUAGAUCACCUUUUACUACAGUACAAUGUGGCUAGUGCUCUAUGGAAUGAUUUUUUCAUCUGAGUUGGUUUUGCUUAGGUCAUGCCCCGAAUAGAGGAACCUUUUUACCCUUAGAGUGAGGAUUAGGUGGUAGGCCACAAAUCUGAGCAGUGUAAAAAAUGCUUCGUACAUAUCUCAUAUGGUGUAUUCAGAGAAAAAUGAACUGAUAGAAAUUUUGAGUACUGCGAACGGAUGAUGUAGGAUCUCAGAACUUUCUUUUUCAACACUAUUCUCCUUUGGAUAGCUUCUAUAGACUUUAAUGUGCUUUUUUCCCAUUAUUUUAUUGUAUCUUUUUCUAUUUCUAGCUAGAUGAGUUUCUUAUAGACAUCUCAUUGUACUUGGAUUGCUUUUAAGUAUUUUAGAAGGACAAUAAGAGGUGCGUAGCUGUUUGACACACACACACACACACACACACACAUAUAUGUAAGAAGGGGUUGGAAUUGGAUUCACAUAUUACACCUCACCGUUAAGUCGAAUGAUUGAACUACUAAUAUCCCUUGCCGUUCUCCUCCAUCACAUGGAUUUUUUUUUUUUUAAGAAUUAAAAUGAACCAAGUAUGUAGUCAGAAGGUUUCAAAUUAUUGAGCAAUCAACUAGUUUUUAUGGUAUACGCAGUGGGCAUCGAGAACAAAAGUCAUAUGGGUACACACUAAGAAGAAAUCAACUUCCAGAACUACCCCUUAACGGAUGUCAGAAAUUAGGGAGAGGUUGUUACAUGACUUUGUACUGUUUACACGUGUGAAAUGUUGCAUGGUGCUUUUUAUGAGCAUUUAUGUCUAUCCUUGUGUAGAUUAUUGCAGAUACGGUUCCUUUAUUACUGUUUCUGCAUGCAUGUUUAUUCUGCCAAGUUGCCAACUUUCUUCCAUUUGUGCUUCCUGUGUUUCUCCUUUCAAUUGAUUCUCAUUAGACGUGUCGUUUACAUUAAUGGUUAAGACUAUGACCUGUCUUUCCCUCAAACGGCUAUAAAAGGGGGGGUAAGAACUGAAGCGUUCUUCAUCACCUCGAGAUUGUUCUUGCACUUGCUAGUUUCUGUCUUGUAGUCUUGAUAGUAGCCUUGUUGAGUUCUCAUUUUCAACUUAAGCAAUGAAUCGCCUUUUGGCCUCCAAUAAAGAAAAGGCUGAGAAGGUUUCAUGCUACUUUUGUAAAAAAGUGUUCAAUAAUUACCAGGAUCUUGAGGCCCAUCUUAGGGCUCAUCAAGAGGAGAUUAGUGGAAGGAAGAGCUCGAAUUAUCCUGCUCAUUUCAGUAAUUUCAUGGACAUUGUUAGCACUAUCCCUAAUUCCAUCUCCAUAGUCCUGCCUGGAAGUUCCUUUCACCGUUCUGGGACUAAGCCAAGUAAACUUUUCCUUAGGACAACCUCUCCUUUGGAAUUCUCUAAGUUCUGCUUGAAUGAACUCAGCAGGGUACAUGCAACUGUUUCCAUGCCUUCUGCUCCAUCUUCCUUUGGAGAUGCCUUGAUGAACUUUCAGCAUCACAGCUUCAGUAAUUUUUCAGAUCCUGCCUGUGUUACAAGUCUUCCUGAUUCAGGGCUUGGCUCAAAUCCAUUGCAUGGCUUGAAAGAGUAUACUGCUGUUGGUUCCUUUCCUCCUGGCCAUGGUCCAUGCUCAGGCCAAACUGGAGUUGGUAAGUAUGAUAAGAGUAGUGUGAAUCCUGAUAUGAUGAAUUCACCAAAAGUGCCUCAGAUCAGCUCCAGCCUGCCUGCAGAAACAGAGGAGCCUCAGAAGAGCGAGCCACUUCUUCCCUUUAUUGAGAAGGAAGAGAUAGAAAGGUUGGGCAUCCUUAAGGAUGUGGAGGACUCGUUUUCUGAGUUGGGGAUUUCUUUUUAUGACAAAGAGUGAGGUGGAGCAGAUCUGGAUCUCUCUCUGCAACCUUGUACUUUUUUUCUAUAUGCUUAAAUAAAUAUGUAUGGAUGGGUUUGCUGUACUGAAUAUAUUAUCGAUUCGGUUGA